CCACCGGACAUCUCAUGUGUAGCGUCGUGUACUUCCGUCGCUUGUUCGGAUGUUGAUUUGAAAUGAAUCGAUAGAUAUUUGUUGUUUUUCGCCGUUUCAAUGGCGGUUUUUAUGCAUUCAUUUCCGCACCUAAAUAAAGCCAUAUGACAAACUGGGGGAUUAACAUUCAUAUUCACCCACUGUACUAUGUUCCAGAAGAUGGCUGAAUUUGGUCCAGAUUCCGGGGGGAGAGUUAAGGGUGUGACUAUUGUGAAGCCCAUCGUUUUUGGAAAUGUUGCCCGCUACUUUGGAAAGAAGAGGGAGGAGGACGGACACACGCACCAGUGGUCCAUUUACGUGAAGCCCUACAGAAACGAGGAUAUGUCUGCGUACGUGAAGAAGAUACAGUUCAAGCUGCAUGAGAGUUACACAAAUCCAUUGAGAGUGGUGACCAAGCCUCCCUAUGAGAUCACAGAGACCGGCUGGGGAGAGUUUGAGAUCAUCGUCAAGAUCUUCUUCAUUGAUCCGAAUGAGAGACCCGUGACUCUGUACCACCUGCUGAAGCUGUUCCAGUCGGACUCCAGCGCCAUGCCCAAGAAGACGGUGGUGUCGGAGUUCUAUGACGAAAUGAUCUUCCAGGACCCGACCGCCAUGAUGCAGCAGCUGCUCACCACCACGCGCCAGCUGACCCUCGGCGCGUACAAGCACGAGACCGAAUUCGGAGAGCUGGAGGUGCGGACGCGGGAGAAGCUGGAGGCGUCGAAGAAGAGGACGAGCCAGGAGAUCACGGAGCUGAAGGACAAGCUGAAGGCCAGCAGGGAGAGCAUCAACCACCUGAAGAUGGAGAUCAGGAGGCUGGAGGAGGACGGAGACGUCAAGGACCACUGAGGCUGGCCCCCCCCACACACACACACACACGCAGCCAGAGACACACACACACACACACACACACACACACACACACACCCCCCCCCCGCGAACACGCACAUCCAGCCAGAGCGAGCACACACACCCAGGCCAGAUGGAACACACACGCAUAAACACAUCCCUGGGAACACGCAAGCAUACACACACACUCACUGGCAACCCACACACAGACCGAGGGCGCGCACACACGCACAGGGAACACAAUCAGGAACAAACCACACACUCUUUGGGAUUUUUGUUUUGUUUUGUUUUAUUCAGAAGAGACGGACAGUUUCAUUUUCAGACUCUUGUUUGUUACAUUUUUUGUCACGCUUGUCUGGUUUAUGGUAUUAAGCCUUACGAUAAAAUGGCAGGUAAUGUAUUUAUUUUUUUGCAAAAUUGGUAUAAUAAUUAUAGCAAGUAAUUCCAUGUAUAAAAAAUACAGAAGUGUUGAUUUUCCACAA